CAAAUGUAUAAGUCGUAAUGUUGAAUGCACUUAUUUGGUUCAACAAAAAAAACGAGGGCGAAAACCUCUGAAUGACAAAAAUAUCCCUACAAUUAGUAGAGAUUCUUCCAGCAAUAAUAAUGAAAACAUCCUUGCUCUUAAUAGAGAAAUUGCCAGCAAUAAUAAUGAAAAUAUCCUUACACUUAGUAGAAAUUCUUCCAGUAAUGACUAUCAACAAGAUGACCAUG